CAGAUAAACUAUUUCGCGCUUAACCGGCCAAAAGACGUGAUUAUAAGGACCUCGUUUAGUUUUGGCAACGAAUUAGCAAGGUCCAUUUGUUGAAUGCACCAUAUCCUGCAUAUGAUGGCUUACAUGUCUUCAGAGUCUUGUAAUUUGCGACCAUAGCUCGACGCAUUCCUCGCAUUGCGCGGUGGUCGCGGCCGCGUGCCCGGCCGUAGGCUGCAGACAUGGACAUAACCAGCCCCAGGGACAUGGCAGUAGCCUCGGCGUCGGGGCGUCAGGCGUCGGAGGCGCCCGGCACGGGACCCCCACCCUUCUCGCACUCCCGGCUCCGGAGCUAUGCCAGCAAAGUGGAGGGGCUCCUUGAUCCCAAGAUGGUCCUCAGCAGCUCAGUGGCGCUGGCGGGCUCGGGCCUGGCAGACCCCUUCCCCUCCGCUUCCAGCUCCAGCGCCUCGCAGCAGCUGCUCACACCCAAGUCCGCACGGUUCGCCGGAACCGGCGGAGGCAGCAACGGAAUCGCCGCAGCCCGCCCUGGUGGCCACAACCAGCCAUCAGCAGCCGCACUAGGCUCGAACGGUCAGCAUUCACACCAGCAAGGCUCACAGCCCCAGCAGCCCCAGCAGCAGCCGGCGAGUGCAGAGGAGCUGGCGGCGGCGCUGAACCAAAUACAGACCCUCAAGGCGGAAAUUGCGGGCGUCGAAACCGUGCUGGGCUACCUCAAAGGCAAUGAGGCAGCCACCACCACCAUGGGUCGCAAGGCCCACAAGCUGCCCUCCCAGCAGCAGCUGCGUCAGCGGGCUGACGCGCUCGCGGUCAGCCGCGCAGCCGCCGCGCGCACGUCGCUCGACGCCUCCGCGCACCACCUCUCCCCGCUGCGAGCCAGUCAGGGCCACGGCAUAGGCGCAGGAGGCGCAGGCAGUGGGGGGGCUUCGUCGGGAUACGGCUCUCCGGCGGCAGGCGGCUCGCCGGCGCGUGCGCGCUCGGCGGGGGACCCGGGCGGCGCGGCGGGCGGCGGUGUGUUUGAGUCGCUGGCGGCGGAGACGCGGCUGGGGCGGACGUGGCGGGCGCCCAAAGGGCCGCAGCCGGUGGGGCGAGGAGAGGCCGUCAUUCUGGAGGGUGCGCUGGACGAGGCGCUGCCGCCCGGCUCCAUCACCGCCAAGUACGGCACGGGGGCUGGCGCGGCCGUCACGGGGGGGCUGGAGCCGGCCUUCUGGUCGGGCGGCGAGGCGCGGCGCGACUUCGACAUGCUGGACAUGGUGCAGCGCGAGGUGGCCAGACAGGUCGCUGCCUCCUGCUCCGAGCGCGGCCGCAUCAUUGACAAGCUGGCGGACAGGCACGCCGAGCUGUACGGCGCGGUGGCGGCGGCGGCCAGGUCGGCCACUGAGGCACAGCGGGGGCUCAGCGAGCGGCUGGCGGGGGUCACGACACGCGCGUCGGAGCAGGCCACGGAAAUUGCGCGCCUGCGCUCCGAGCUGGCGGCGCGCGGCGCGGAGGCGGAGGACCUGCGGCAGCAGCUGGCGGAGACGCGCACGCAGCACGAGCACUACGUGUGGGACUGCGAGCAGGAGCUGGAGACGCUCCAGGGGCAGAGCGACAUCCUGGCCGCCGAGGUGGAGCACCUGCACGUGCGGCUGGCGGAGGCGGUGGCGGACAAGGACGCGGCGCUGAGCCGCGGGCUGGCGCGCCUGGAGGCAGACCUGGAGGCGGUGACGGACGAACGCGACGACCUGUCGCAGCGCAUCCGCUUCCUGGAGAGGCAGCUGCACAAGCUGCGGACGGAGAUGAACACUGCUGUGGUGACUGCGGUGGCGGAGGUGCAGACCGACCCGGUCAACUGGGCGGCGGAGGAGCCGGAGGAUGUGCCGGACGACGUGAGCGACACGCCCUCCCUGGCGGAGAUCCGCGCCCGCUACGCCGCCCACGGCUACGGCGCGCUGAGCCCGGAGGAGCGGCUGCGGCUGGGGCUGCCGGCGCACAUGGACGGCGAGGGCGGAGGCAAGAGCGGCAAGGGCAAGAAGCGCAAGCGCGCACUGGGGCACUUCCAGGGCCUCAUCACCAGCGACAAGCCGGGCCGUGUGCGCGGCCUGCAGUGGACCGUCAACGCCAUAGCCACCAUGUACUACGACAAGAUGAAGGCUGACGCACGCAGUGACCUGGAGGGCAACCCCCGGCAGCGCCUGGCGGACUUUGCAGUGGACUGGCACAUGACGCGCUUCGGUCUUCGCAACCUUGCCGAGCUGAACCUGCUGGAUCUGAUCGCCAGUGUGCGGCAGCACUACAAGACCGCGGUGCGCGUGCGCUGGUUCGGCCAGUUCACAGGCCUGGUGGAGGUGGGUGACCAGGUGGACACCACCCCGCACGUGUCCUUCUACCUGCACCUGCUGGCCUGCCUGGCCGCGCCCAACUCCCUGGUCAGCCUCUUCCCCGACACAGCCGCCUCGGGCGGGGCCGCCAGCGAGGAGGCGGGCGGCGGCACGCCCCCCGUGGCGGUCAAGGCGGCGGUGCUGCCGGAGGCGAUCAAGGCCAUCUACAGGUAUCUUAACGAGCCCGAGUCCGCCACCGCCUUCCUGGCCCGCGCCUGCGACCCCCUGACCGACCCCGACUCCCAGACCGUGCCGCUGGACCCCCUGGUGGCCCUCCUCAUGGCCGAGUACCAGAAGAGGUGGGAGCGCAAUGCCGCUCAUCUGCGGGCGCUGUUCCGUGCGGGCGACUACGACGGAGACGGCCUCAUUGGCUACGACGAGUUCGUGGCCAUCGUCCGGCAGCUGCUGCCCGACAGCGGCGACCGCGCCUUCACCAAGAUGUACGGCGAGGCCAUGCGCAAGCUGCCGGCGGGCCAGAACCUGCUGGACGUGGAGACCUUCCUCGGCGUGGCCAGGGCCUUCGGGUGUGACCGCUGGCGCAUUGAUGCCGGCCCCACCGCCUCAGCUUACGGCGGCGGCCCGUACGGCAUCGUCACAUCGCCCUCGGGCGCGGCGGCGGGUGGUGGCGGGCUCAACGGCCCCAGCCGCAGCGGCAGUGUGUUGGGCUCGGCGCCGAGCAUGGGUGCGCUGCGCGCCCGCGCCACCUCCGCCGCCUCCAACCUGCGGCGCACGGAGAGCGUGGUGGGGCUGAGCGAGCCCGACCGGGCGCUGCUGCGGGUGCUGGACGGAGCCGUGGAGGGACUGGAGCCGCCGCUGGAGGAGCAGCUGACCAGCCUGCUGGACAAGCUGCGAACCUCCGCCGCCGCCACGGCGCAGCGCGCGGAGGCACUGACCGCCGCCACCGCCGCCCUGCCCGGCUUUGAGCUAGGGGGAGGGCCCAAUGCCAAGGAGUUGGCGACGGCGGCGGCGGAGGACAACGCUAUGAUCUCCAAGCUGGAGGCCCAGUACUCACACUUCAAGACCACCUACGAGGACCGCACGGACCCGGCGGCGGCGUGGCUGGCUUUCAGAAUGCUGCUCGCCAGUCUGGCGGCGGCAGCAGCGGGGGCACGCGUCAAGCCCAACCCCUCCAACGCGCGCUCCCGCCCCGGCAGCGCCAAGUCCCAGGCUGGCGGCGACCGCCACUGGGCGGGCGCCAAGGCCCUCGCCCGCCUCACCGUGCCUGCCGUGCCCUUCCGCGCCGGAUCCAGCGCCGCCGCCUCCCGGCCCGGCACCAACGGCAGCCUAGCAGCUUCGGGGCCAUCAGGACUGCCAGGCAGCCCGAGUCUUGGGCGGGGGCUGGGCGCGGGUGGCGGCGGGGGCGGAGAGGGCAGCUAUGGCCCGGGCUCACCAGCUGCGUAUGCGUCGGGGGGAGGCGCGGGCGGAGGCGGGGGUGGGGGAGGUGGCGGGGCGGCGGGGCGGCCGCGAAGUGCGGCGACACGGUCGCCGGAGCUACCGCAUCGCCAGGUGGCACUCACACAGAUGAUGCAAAACGUGGGCGGUGGCGGAGCCGGAGGCGGCAGCGGCAGCUUCUCCGCUGGCGACCGGCACUCGCUGGUGCAGCCGCCGCCGUCUGGCGGGAGCCCGCUGCCCAUGCACCGCAACCCCCUGCCCGCCACCACCGGCGGCCGCAUCAGCCCCGGCGCCGGCGGCAGCGCUGGCGGGGUGGGCAGCGGCGGCCUGAGCUCGCCGGGGAGUGCGAGCCCGCAGAAACGCGGGGUGGCGUUUUCGCUGUCGCAUUCGGCAACGAAUCCGGCGGCGGUGGCAGCGGCGGCCGCCAAUGCCGUUUCGUUGGCGGCGGCACAGGCGGCGGCGGGAGCGGGAGGGCAUGGGGGUGGGUAUGCGGAGUCGAUGGAUUCCCCGGAGCUGUCUGUGGGGCGUUUCGAGGCGCUGUGAAGGGGAAGGGCGCGGGGGAAGGCGAACCGGCGGCGACUCUGGCGGUCGAGGCCCAUGUGGCGGUGCAUUGCGUUAAGCCGUUAAGAGCGUCCUGGAAUGGUUAUAUCAAUAUAUGCUUGGCAGGGCUAUACGUCUUGCAUGUUGCGGCGCGUGGGAUAAAGCGAAGCCGGCGCCGCGUGUACGCGCGGCGGACUCGACAGGGCGCGACGGAUAAUGCAUUCAAAGUGUAGCGCACCAAGGUCCAAAAUUCGCUCGCAAGCAGGCUGCGCAUUCACGAUGUAUGAAAAUGCAACAGUUGCACAUUGUGAGUUCCUGGCGCGGCGCACUGGCUCGAGCCAGCUGUCUUGCGCUGAACAA